AUGGGGAAGGAGUUAGGUCGCGGGCAAUACGGCGUGAUCCGGCUGUGCACGGAAAAAGCGACGGGGUUGUCGCUGGCGUGUAAGAGUAUCAAUAAGGCGAAGCUGGCGGGGACGCGCGAGGUGGAGGACGUGCAGAGGGAAGUGAAGGUGAUGGAGCUGCUUAAAGGCCAUCCUGCCGUGAUCGAGCUCCGUGCGACUUACGAAGACCAAAAGCGUGUGCACCUGAUAAUGGAGCUGUGCGAAGGCGGCGAACUCUUCGAACGAAUUAGCAAGCGAAAGCAUUACCCGGAGAACGAGGCUGCGGAGGUUUGUCGCACGCUCGUGUCGGUCGUCGCGCACUGCCAGUCGCACGGACUCAUGCAUCGCGAUCUCAAGCCCGAAAACAUUCUGCUCGUCAGCCAAUCGUCGCACACGCGAGUCAAAGUCGUCGACUACGGCCUCGCGGUUUUCGUCAAACCAGGUGCCAAGUUAACCACAAUGGCGGGCAGCGCGUAUUACAUAGCGCCUGAGGUGCUGAACAACUGCUACGGGCUGGAGGCGGACAUGUGGAGCGUGGGGGUCAUCCUCUACAUCCUGCUGUGCGGCCUGCCGCCGUUCUGGGCGGAGAAGGAGGAGGGCAUCUUCGCGGCCAUCAAGACGGGCAAGAUCGACGUGUUCACGGGCGUGUGGGAGGGCGUGUCGCAGGAUGCCAAAGACCUCGUGAUUAAGCUGCUGACCAGGGAUCCCUCCAAGCGGAUCACACCUGAGAAGGCAUUGGGCGUUGGGGAGGGCGUGUUCACAGGCGUUUGGGAGGGCGUGUUCACAGGCGUUUGGGAGGGCGUGUUCACAGGCGUUUGGGAGGGCGUGUUCACAGGCCUUUGGGAGGGCGUGUUCACAGGCCUUUGGGAGGGCGUGUGGGAGGGCGUGUCGCAGGACGCCAAGUACCUUGUGAUUAAGCUCCUUACCCGGGAUCCGUCCAAGCGGAUCACACCAGACAAGGCAUUGGGUGAGUGGAGGGUGGUGGUGGGAGGAUGGGUUGUAGGAGAUGCGGAAUUACUACCUGAAGUGGAUGCAGGGCGUGUGGGAGGGUGUGAGGGAGGGAGGGUGUGUGUGUGGGAGGGAAGGCGUGUGGGAGGGAGAGUCCCACCGCUGGUGGAAGCAGCACGCGGGGGCUGCUCGUUUCCCCUCCUCCUCCCUCCUCUCUGGGAUCCAACUUUGAGUCAACUGAAGAUAAAAAUCCUGUAUUCCCCUCCUCUCCUCUUCCCCUCCUCUACCCCCCCUCCCCUCCCCAUCCCCUCUACCGCUCCCCUCUUCCCCUCCUCUACCCCCCCUUCCCCCCUCUCUCCCCCCUGUGCAGCCCACCGUUGGUUGAAGCAGCACGCGGGCGCAACCCGCUUCCCCUCCUCUGCCUCCCUCUCCGGAAUCCCCCCCAAGCCCGCCACUGCUGACGUCAUGGGCGCGUUCAGGCGCGACAGCAGCGUCAGCAGCAGCACAGGGGGGGGCGCGCGCCCCAGCUCCAGCAGCGGGGCGGGCGCAGGGGGAGGGGGAGGCGGAGGGGGGGCGCACCACCAUCAUCACGCAGGAGGGGGCGGGGUGGGGGGACUGGCGGGGGUUCUAGCAGGGGGAGACUCGUCCUUGCUUUCCAAAGCGAUUCUCUCCCUUAAGAAAGUUGGCAGUGGCAGCGGCGGCGGGGGCGGCGGGGGAGGAGGAGGAGGCGGGGAGGGAGCCCAUAGCGAUCUGCUAAUGCUUCUAGAAGCUCUGAAGAAAAAGGUGGGGGACGGGGGGGUGGCAGGAGCAGCAGGGGGAGCAGGACUCCCCCCUCCUAUAGUGCCUCGAUCGCGAAGCGUGGGCAUGAGUCGUAGUGGGUCGUUAUCAGGAGCUGAAUCCGAUGCUGACGGUGCUGCUGGGAAAGACAGACGGUCGGCGUCUGCCCGGCACGGCUCCGGAUUGGUCGGGGCAGACGACGAAACUUCCGAAGCUGCCCUGCAGGCGUUUCUCGCGGCUGCCCGGGAGGUGCUGAGGAAAGAUGGGGGGGAGGGAGGGGGGGGAGGUGCGGGAGGGGAGGAACGAUUGGCAAAACUUUUAGCUAAGCUCGAAGCAACGGGCGGUGGAGGAGGAGGGAGGGAGGAUCGACUGGGGUUACCUAGGGGCGGCAGCACGGGCGGGGGAGGGGCGGCAGGCCGGCCGAAGCUGCCGCCCUCCCGGAGCACAAGAGACGCGUCGGAUCAUGAGGGGGAUGACGACGGGCGGCGGGUCAGAAAAGAAGUCAAGCUUCCGUCGUCUGCUUCUGUGUCUGCUGCUGACGCUGGGUCGAAACUUUUACGGCACCGGAAGAAUGGAGAGGAGGAGGAGCCGGUUCGGCCGAAGCGAACGUUGCGGCGCGGGCUUUCGUCUGCUAGUGUGUCUUUCGACCCGGAGGUUGAUGGUGGGGAGAAAGGAGGAGGAGAGGCGGGGGAGAAGGAGCGGGAGCGAGUCGGGAGGGAGAGCAGGGAGAGCCGGGAGAGCAGGGAGAGCCGCAGCGGAAGCAGCGCCAAGGGAAGGGACUUGGAGCGAUCUCCCUCACCUCCUCCCGCUUCCUCUGCUGCUGCUCCCGGUGCCACCAGCGACGAAUCACAUGACGAGAAGGAGGGUGCUGGUGAGGAUGGUGGUGCGGGAGCAAAGGGGGGAGCAGCGGGGGCGAGGGGCAUGUCUCGGGUAUCGGAUAAGGCUAAGAGUGCCAAGGAACGGUUGGAGGGGAACAGCUUGUUUCGGCACAAGUCGACCAACGUUUCUGCUCUUGUUCCGGUCCGGGACGGCCGCGACGGGCGAGAUGGGAGAGACGGGAGGGACGGGAGGGAGGGGAGAGAGGGGAGAGAUGGGAGACAUGGGAGAGAUGGGAGAGAUGGGUCGGCAAGAGGUGGUGGGGGAGCAAGGCCUGUUUCUCCUCUAUUGGAUGAAUCUUCUCGCUCCCGUCCGUCUAAUCGGGGAGGAAUAGGAGCUCCGCCGUCCCCCACAGCCAGUGUGAGCAGCCGAGUGGGCGGCGGCGGCCGGCGUGUUUCGGCUACUAAUGGCCUGGUCCGGCGGAAAUCGGCAGAUGUGGGGAAGCUGUUGGAGGAUUUGGGCGGCGACGGGGGGAAGGAUGCCGGGCGGGACGGGGCGGAGAGCACGAGCAGCGGCGGGCGGAAAUCGGCUGCUUCUGGCGGCUCGUCUGCUUCUCGGAGGCGGCCGAGUCGGGAUUUUGAUGACCUGGCGCGGACGGGCGGAGUUGUAUUUUCUGUGUCGGCGGGCGGCGGACUGAGUCCCCUUAAGGCGCCUAAAAUGGUGGCGCCUUGGAAGGGAGAUGAGAACGGGGAGGAGGAGGGAGACGGAGGACUCAGUAGCCCUCUCAACGCCAUGGCUCGUAAGCGCAAGAGCGUCGCUGAAGCUGCCAACGUGACCCCGCGGGAUCUCAAUGAGAUCCCGUAUAUUGCUUGGAUGCACAAGCAGCUGUCCUCUGGGCGCAAGCCGACCGGCCCGCAGCCAGUGGACACUCCUUCGCGUGGCGACACCUCUUACCAGGCCCCCCGUGACGUCCCGACGCGCGGGCGCCGUAACGCCGACCGUGUGGCUUCUUCGCGCAGUCCCGAGGCUACCACGUACGACGAGGACGAGGACGAUGCAGACUACAACGAGGAGGCAUACGGCACGGACGACGACGCGGACUCCGGAGAAGAGCCUGACAAGGGCAUGUCCGACUCCGACGCGGAGAGCGACGACGACGACGCACCGGAAGAAUCGCAGCCCGCAACUCCGCCUGUUCGCCGCGGUCAUGGUAAGGCGGCACCGGGGGACAAGAGCGCCACUGUUGGCGGGGGGCCACCUCGACGCGCGCCAAAGACCCGGGAGCCCAUGCCGGUGAAGCGCAGUGUGUGGUCGCCCACGGAGAGCACGAUUCUCGUGGCCGCCCGCUGGUUCAUGAAGGAUGAGCUGGAGCCGCUUCUGGGGAAGCAGGGAUCCCAGUAUUGGGCCCGCCUCGUGCGCCACAUCGAGACCGAGAAUACCGGAUGGGUCCGCGGCGUCAACGCCGUGCAGAAACAGUGGCGCAACCUCGUCCAAAUGUACAAGCAGCUGCAGAAGGCGGACAAGGCGUCCGGCAACGGGGUGGUGUGUAAGCCGCCAUGGUGGCCGUACAUGGUGUUAUUUCAGAAUAACCGUGUAGUCGCGGCGCUGCACGCCGUCGCCGCCGGUGGUGCCACACACGUGAAUGCGCCGUGCGGUUUCGCGGUGCCGUCGACGUCCGCGCCAUGCACCUCAACGCCCACGUUCACGGCAAACUCAUUCGGGCCUACUGUAACAUGUGAACGUGCAGCCCCCCCUCCGGUGACGCCUCCCUCCAAGCGCCCGCGAGUAGCGGAGACGGCUACCAUGGCCGCAGCAAAACUUGUCUCCGACACCAUCAAGGAUUGCCACGCGGAUGCGAUGGCAAAGCUGGAGGGGCUCGUCCGCGCCUGGAUGCAGCAGGACGCCGAGAUUGCACGCGCCCGCAACCAGUCGCCGGCCCCUCCGCCACCAACCGUCAACGGAGCCCCCGCGGAUGCCGCCACACAGCCCGCAGCGGCCGCCGCCGAAGGCGACGACGGAGUCUGGUUCCGCCGCGGUGAUCACGGCGGUGGCGAAGCUACUCCGGACGAGGCCGAGGAAGUGUGGGUUCGCGGCGACGCCGUGUAA